AUGCCAGCCUCACUGAGAAUCGAAAUAUUCCCUUCGGAUCUGCAACGCAUGAUCGACUUUUACUCGAACGUAUUGCAAUUCAAGCUGCUCAAGCGUCAAGACACAUACGCCUAUCUUCAGCGGGAUAAUAUCUUCAUCGGAGCCAUCGAGACCCCGUCGUCCGACACCCUGGAGCGAAAGAUAGCCUAUCGUUCUCCAAACAAAGGAGUUGAGAUAGUGUUCGAGGUGGAUGAUUUGGAACAUGAGAGGGAUUUCAUAGUGAGCAAAGGCGCGAGGUUGGAUGCCGACAUUGCUUUGCAGCCUUGGGGGUUGAAGGACUUUAGGCUGACAGAUCCCGAUGGCUACUACGUGAGAAUCACCACACACAGCGUCAAGAGAGGUUCACUAUAG